AAUAUUUCUUAAGUGUGUUUAUUUUAUUUGGGAAUGAUGCCAAGCAAUAUAACAGCACAACUCACCAUUUAAUUACUCUGAAAUACCCUUCGUUUUUUAAGGAAACAUUUGCAUACAUUUGAAGCCUCACCCCUCACCCUUCCCUACCAGAGGCAGCCACAUUCCCAGGCCCCUAUGGGCAUCGGUGUUCACAGAGCCCCGCUCUCAGCAUCGGCCCCGCCCCUUCAACAGGUCUCAGACCAGCCGUACUCAUUCCCAUCCCCGCUUUAACUGUUUCCCAAAUUUCACCAGCACUCGAAGUUUCCGUGUUUUGUCCAUGACCUGACCGCCGCCUUUGCAACGUGUCUCAACUCCUACAAACUUCGUUGACAGUCCCAAGUUGCCUCCUAACACUAGCUCCUCGGGUCUCUGCCGAACGCAACUGCAUUUCCUGUAAGAUGGCCGCCCCCUUGGUGCUCCUCCGUCGUGGCUCACGGGCGCCGCCAUCUCUCUCGUUUUGCCCAAAAGACAAAAUAGAAUCCAGCUCGCGCCGCCACGGCCUUGGAUAGGGCCCAGCCUCUCAAAAAUUAUUCAGCCUAGUGCUUCUGACCGACAACGAGGAGGGAAAGGGAAGGAGGUGUCCAAAAGUGAUUUCAAUUCUUCCCUCUCUGAGCCGUAGCCUCCAUCAUGACCGUUUCCUCCCCGAUCGCUGAGAUGGGCGUGGCCACGUUACGUCAUAGAGCUGGUCGUGGGGCCCGAACUCCAACACGCCGAAAGGCUCUGAGGUCGCGCGGGGCCGGAGGCGUCCCUAGCGACAGCCAGCGAGGGGAUUUGGGCGCGACAGCGGAGGAGUGGGAAUCAUUUUGGAAGUGAAUUCAGUCUUCGGCAGCUGGCGGGAACCUUGAGAAUCUCAGCAGCAGUCCUUAGAAUCAAGUGAAGUAAGGAGAAGGAAGUUCCAGAACCAGGAAAGCGUCACUUCUGGGGAUGCCAUUAAUUUGAGAUGUGAGAGCUAUGAGCAGAAUUUGAGUGACAAUCUAGAAAAGUAAAAAAAGAAGAAUCCCAGUUCCAGUCAUUUUCUAAGAACAGAAGAAAAUGACCAAGGCCCAGGGUGCAGUGGCCUCAACGGCAGCCUUCUGGUAUAUGCAAGAAGAGGUUCCCAUUUCUCUGUUUCAUGAAUCAUUAUUAUUUGAAGAUGUAGCUGUGGAGUUCACCCGGGAGGAGUGGAGGCUACUAGACCCUGCUCAGAAGGACCUGUACCAGAAUGUGAUGCUAGAAAACUAUAGCAACCUGCUGUCCCUGGGGUAUCAAAGUUCCAAACCAAUUCAAAUCUUCAGGUUGAAGCAAAGAGACAAACCAUGGUUAGAAAACGAAAAUAUCCACGGUCAGAACUUUCCAGAAGUUGGAGAAAUUGGUGAUCAUAUGCAGUGGUCUUUGGAAAUCCAAAACAAGCGUAAAAAUAUGGAAAGAGGCCGUGAACACAGUUCAUCGGGAAAUGUGUUUCAUCUGCGCAGAAAUCUUGUUACUUUAAGGCAAAGCCAUGAUAAGUUAGAUGUACUGAAGUCUAAUUUAGAUUUAGUUAACCAGAAUAAAAGCUGUGUAGCGAAGAAUCCUGACAAGUUUAAUAAAUAUGAGAAAUCAUUUCUUCGUACUAAGCAUGAAAAACGUUACACUGGAGUUAAAUGCAAUAAAUAUGGAAACACCAUCUGCACCAAUUCGAAACUCAGUAUACAUCAAACUGAAAAACGAAAGAAACAUGAGUGUAUUGAAUGUGGUAAAACCUUCAUCAAAAAGUCUCAACUCACUGUACAUCAGAGAACUCAUACAGGAGAGAAACCAUAUAAAUGCCUUAAAUGUGGUAAAGCCUUCUGUAGGAAAGCAGAGCUCAAUAUACAUAUGCAAGUGGAAAGAGGAAUAAAACCCCAUGCAUGUAGUGAGUGUGGGAAAACCUUCUCCAGGAAAUCUCAGCUCCUUGUACAUCAGAAAACUCAUACGGGAGAGAAACCCUAUACAUGCAGUGAAUGUGGAAGAGGCUUCAUCCAGAAGGGUAAUUUUCUUAUACACCAGCGAAUUCAUACUGGAGAGAAGCCCUAUGGAUGCAAGGAAUGUGGUAAAGCCUUCAGUCAUAAGCCAUGUCUCGUUGCACAUCAGGUAUUUCACACUGGAAAUCCUCCCUAUGUAUGCAGUGAAUGUGGAAGAGCUUACUUUCAAAAAUCGAGUCUCAUUAGACAUCAAAGAGGUCAUACAGAAGAGAAACGCUAUAAAUGCAAUGUAUGUGGGAAAGGCUACUCCACAAAGUCAAUACUCAGUAGACAUCAGAGAGUUCAUACAGGAGAGAAACCCCAUGGAUGCAGCAAUUGUGGGAAAGCCUUCUGCCACAAGUCCUCCCUCACUAAACAUAAGAAAACUCAUAUGAAAGAGAAAUAUGUGGAUUCCGUCAAGAUGGAGAAUGAUUUUCUUGGGAACCACAGCUCAUUAUGCACCACAGAACGUGUACAGGAGAAAAACUCUGUUGAAACAAUGACAGUGCAAGGGCCUUCUGUGGCCAUGCAGACAUCAUUAAAUAUCAGUGGGUUCCUAGCCCAAGGGAAUGUAGUCCUUGUGGGACAGCCUGUUGCCAGAUGUGUACCCUCAGGUAAUAACAGAGAAUUUGUACAGGAGAGAAACCUCAUGAAUGCAGUAAAUGUGGUAGUGCCUUCAGUUACCAAUUAUGUCUUAUUUUAUGUCACAGGAAACGUGUAGGGAAGAUUUGGUACGUUCAGUGUGGAAAAGCUUGUAGAUCAAAGUUUUAGCUUUUUAUAUAGUUGAAAACUUUCACUGAGAGAAUGCUAAUGAAUGUAGUGAUAAUGGGAAGAUACACCUCAUUAAGUAUCAAUGGCUCUAAGUAGGUUGAAUUGUAACGAGCUUGACUUCAAAAUCAUCAAUAAAUUCACAUCAGAAAGAAAUUUUAGGAAGGCAGUUGUAUCAAGUCCCUAAGACCACCCUCACAUUUGAUGAUUCUCUAAAAGCAGUCACUAAACUCAUAAAAGCUGCUAUACUUACUGUUACAGUUUAUGACAGUGAAGAGUUACAAAUUGAAAUUAGCAAAUGUAAAAGGUGCAUGAGGCAGACUUUAGGAGAAACCAGGUGCAUUCACUUGUACUCCCAGUGGAGUUGUAUGGACAGUGUUUAAUUCUUCCAGCAAUGACCUGACAACACAUAUGGCAUCGUGCCAACCAGAGAAACUCACCUGAGCCUUAGUGCCAGGGGGUGGGAGGGGCAGUAAAGGGGUUAGUUAUGGAGGCAUGGAGAAACCACAUGACUGACCUUAACUUCUCAAACUUCAGCCUCCUAAGGAUCAAACUGGUACAGAAUGGCCCAGAGCCCCAGGCAAACAAAAGCAGGUGUUCACCAAAAAUCAUAUUGCUAAUGUAAACUAUAUGGCAUGGCCGAAACCCCAGGUGUACAAAGACGCUCUUGGCAGGCAGGAUAUUCCAAGGGCUUAGAGGUUCCUUCUCAGGUGCCAGUCAAGGGUCAUUCCUUUCAUUGGAACGUGCAGGGUCUGAACACCCCAAACUUGCCGAGUCAGCUGCUAAUUUGCACAGCAGUGAAUAGGACAAGGUUUUCAGUAACAUGGUUCCUCAUCAUGUGUCAGAAAUAAGGAACGGCUAUGGAUACACCAAAUGUGUUGAACCUUUAGCAGAAUGGCAGAGAUCUCACAAAGGAGAUAAGCUGGUGAUUGCAAUGGAAAUUUGGAAACUUGUUGACGUAAGUCUACCCUCGUUUUGCAUCAGAUUAACACCCUUAAUGUUUUUUUUUUUUUUUUUUUUUUUUUUUUUGGCUGUACGCGGGCUUCUCACUGUUGUGGCCUCUCCCAUUGCAGAGCACAGGCUCCAGACGCGCAGGCUCAGUGGCCAUGACUCACAGGCCCAGCCACUCCGCGGCGUGUGGGAUCUUCCCUGACCGGGGCAUGAACCCGUGUCCCCUGCAUCGGCAGGCGGACUCUCAACCACUGCGCCACCAGGGAAGCCCCCUUAAUGUGUAUUUUGAUAGAGAAUGUCUUGAACUCUUUCUCAUUGCUAGGGAAUGACUCCAUAACUCAUUUGAAGAUGGUUUAUAGUCCAUGUCACAUUGUACCUAUUAUAUCUAAAUCUUCUAUCAUCUUUGCCGUAUUCUCUUAGAAGCAAGUUCCUAGGCCAGCCCACACUCAAGGGGAGAGUUGAGAAUCUUUGAGGGCCUUCUUAGAGCCAGCCUACCAGAAUAAUGAUUUUUCAGGGAAAAAGACAUUCUUUGCCGAGAGUUGCCAUGGUUUCCUGCUUAAACAGUGCUUGAACAGAAGCUGGCGCUCGCCACCCCACCCCCUCAAC